AUGUUCGACGACGACACCCCCGAAAAGUACGCUAGUGUCUUUUCUGUGCUUCUCGGUGUUGGUGUAGUCUUGUCAACGCUGUUUACGCUUUUGCUGGUCACGUUACCCAGGCAAUAUGAUCCGUACAAGGAUAAGCCGCUUAGGUUUGUGGGCGCGGAUGGAAAGGAGAUACCUAUGAAGACAAGAGAUGGGAAGGAUCCGGUUCACUGGAAGCAGGGACGGUCUGUGCAAGUUGUGGUGUUGGGAGACAUUGGCCGUUCACCCCGCAUGCAGUAUCAUGCUUUGAGCAUCGCCAAACACGGCGGUAGAGUGUUUCUCAUCGGCUAUCAAGAGUCUGAGAUACUUCCGGAAAUUGUCUCGAAUCCAUUGAUUGACAUCAUCCCACUUUCACCGGCACCGGGUUUCCUACGUUCAAGCAGCAAACUUCUCUUCCCCUUUCUAGCACCGCUCAAAGUCCUCUGGCAGGUAUGGUCGCUAUACCGCGCACUGGGCUACCGCUCUCAGCCAGCGAGAUGGACUCUCGUACAGAACCCACCUUCAAUACCAACACUCGCUGUAGCCAGCCUGGUAUGCUUCCUCCGCCGCACUGACCUCGUAAUUGACUGGCACAACUUUGGCUACACGAUCCUCGCCAUGAAACUCAGCCCCACCCACCCCCUCGUCCAGAUAUCAGAAAAAUACGAAAAGCUCUUCGCAAAAGCCGCAACCCACCACAUCACCGUAACAAACGCUAUGGCCCGCGUCCUCAAAGCCUCCUACGGCGUCACAGCCUCGGCCCUCCACGACCGCCCGGCCUCCAUCUUCCAGCCCAUCACUCCCGAGGAACGCUCAAACUUCCUCGCCCGAUUACCAGAGACAGCCCAACACGCCGCCGACCUCUCGCCUACUUCGCAAUCCCCCUGGAAACUCGUCGUCAGCGCCACCUCGUGGACCGCCGACGAAGACUUCUCCCUCCUCCUCUCCGCCCUCGUCGCUUACUCCGCACAAUGCACGUCCAAAACCCAUCUCCCCAAACUCCUCGCCAUUAUCACGGGAAAAGGGCCGCAGAAAGAGUACUACCUCGAACAGAUCAAGCAGCUAAACCAAGAGAACAAACUCCUAAACGUUGUUAUUAAAACGGCGUGGCUAUCACAUUCAGACUACGCUCUUCUCCUCGCUGCAGCGGACCUGGGUGUCUCGCUACACACGUCAUCUUCUGGCGUUGACCUCCCUAUGAAAGUCGUUGAUAUGUUUGGUGCGGGCUUACCUGUUGUGGGUUGGGGCAAGUUUGAGGCGUGGCCUGAGUUGGUGAAGCAGGGGGUUAAUGGGUUGGGGUUCCAGAGCGAGGAGGAGCUGGCGUUGCAGUUGGAGGCGUUUUUUGAUAGGGAUACGAGGUUGAGGGAGACGUUGAAGAGGGGGGCGUUGGAGGAGAGUGGGCAUCGAUGGGAUGAUGAGUGGGAUGCUGUUGGGGGGAAGUUGUUUGGGCUUUUGUGA